UUAAUUUCGCAGCAUUUUUCCCUCCAUUCCGAUCAUUUCCUUCGACGUUGUGGAUCUUUAUUUGCUUUCUGUUCGCGUUUUCUUCUCUCGUUGCUCUAGAUUCUAGUUAAAGCUCGAUUUUUGGUCGUAACAGGAGUUGAAACAUGAAGCUUGAUACCAGUGGUCUUCAAACGACUGCUCCGCUGUUUGGGCCAAAAAUGGAGAUUUUGGAAGGGUUUUCAGCUGCUCCAUCCUUUGAGAUCCCUAAUUCCAAUGAUUUUGAUGGCUUUCAGAAAGAAGCCAUUCAGAUGGUGAAGCCGGCAAAAGGAACAACCACUCUGGCUUUCAUUUUUAAGGAAGGAGUCAUGGUUGCUGCCGAUUCCCGUGCUAGCAUGGGAGGCUAUAUAUCAUCACAAUCUGUGAAAAAAAUUAUUGAAAUCAAUCCUUACAUGCUUGGCACAAUGGCUGGAGGUGCUGCUGAUUGCCAGUUUUGGCAUAGAAACCUCGGUGUCAAGUGCCGCCGACAUGAACUAGCAAAUAAACGCCGAAUUUCAGUCGCAGGAGCAUCAAAGUUAUUGGCUAACAUUCUGUACUCCUAUCGCGGAAUGGGUCUCUCUGUCGGGACUAUGAUUGCUGGAUGGGAUGAAACAGGUCCUGGUCUAUAUUACGUAGACAGCGAGGGGGGAAGGCUGAAAGGAACAAGAUUUUCUGUUGGAUCUGGUUCACCUUAUGCCUAUGGUGUCUUGGAUAGUGGAUAUAGGUAUGACUUAUCUGUUGAAGAAGCUGCUGAGCUGGCUAGACGAGCCAUUUAUCAUGCAACUUUUCGAGAUGGAGCAAGUGGUGGAGUUGCCAGCGUUUAUUAUGUGGGACCAAAUGGAUGGAAGAAGCUCUCUGGCGAUGAUGUGGGAGAACUUCACUACAACUACUAUCCAGUGACACCAAGUACAGUGGAUCAGGAAAUGGUUGAAGUAACCGGUGCUUGACAAUCCCAUAUAAACACAAGCAGGUCGAGACAUUCUCUCUCUGUUCAUUUAUACUAAGAGGGGAAGAAUUGAUUCUAAAGAGAUGCUGAAGAUGUGAACUCUUAGUUUAUGUGUGCACUCGCAGAUUCUAAAAAAAGGUUGGAGUUGAUCUAGGCUUAAAAACUAGUGUUGUUUCAAGGAUAUUUCUGUCAUGGUAUUCGAGUUAUCGCUGCUUUUGAAUAUUGUCAACCUUUCCUAAAUUUUUAAAUCCAUUUCUUAAUUGGACUACCUUGUUACUAUACUUAUCCAGGUUCUUUCUAGUUGUAUAAUUGGAAAGUUUUUUUUAGUUUGUUUCAUGGGGAA